AUGACACGCUUGGAACAAGCCCAAAACCUAGCAACGACAAUUGCUGGCGAUGAGCCGAGUCGACCAAAUCUUGUCAUUGUUUCGGGCACCGAAGUCUGCGUCCUCGGCCAGACAGUGCACUUCCAAUCCUUCUUGCACAUGAUUCAUGCAAUAUGGGAGAAGGUCCAAGACGGGAUGAAGGGUGUAUUGUGUGACUUCGACACGUCGUGGCUGCGGAAGAUGAUGGACGAUCAUCAAAUCACCGACAACCUCAAUAACGAAGAGAUUGGACACUCGUUCGUCAAGUUUGCUGAGGGGCGGAAGGACUUGUACACCCAUUUCCUUACGACGAAGAAGGCACGCUUUGUCAAGCGCGAAACAAACGCGGGCGUGGUGUGGAGCAUCGAAGAAGAGUACUCGAGCUAUGUCAUUCGCAACACGAAUGUCCUUGCCCGGACGUUCUACUUCCAUCAUGACACAAUCAUGACGAUCCAGACGUAUCACAAGGGAUCAACGAAAGGAAUCCCAGAGAAGCCUGUUGCGCGAUUUUUGCCCAAACGCUUUGCGUUUGAGUUCGUUGCGUACCUAGCAAUUGUGCGACCAGCGAUGAGCUAUUUUGCGGAGAAGCGUCGGAACAGAGCGAUUGCAUGGCAAUUUUCGGCCUUGUGGGGAAUGGCCAUGGGCAAGCCCCAAACCUCCAAGGCUCUGUCCGACCUCAUUUCCCAAGCAUUCAUGGAAUAUUGCUUCGCUGAAGUGCCCCGCGUGCAAGUUGUGCUUGUCUCUGCUGAAGUCGCUGGCUCCGAUGCAUUUCGGCGUAGUGUCGAGGUGACGAAAUCCUCCAUCCACGCCAUCAUCAUCGACGAGGUCCACUUGGUUGCGUCGUCGUUCCGCAACUUUGCCACCGCGUAUGACGACCCAAGUCGGAUGUGUGUGGGAUCGUCUUCCCGAAUGAAGUUGCUUGAGAAGGCCAAACCAAUCAAUCAUCGUAUAUACCAACACCUGGCCAAUUUUCUCGACAAGGAAAACCCCGAAACCCCGAAAGGACAAGCAAUCGUAUGCUGUACGACGAUACGCGAGGUUGUUGAGCUCCGCGACGACUUGGCGGACAAGAUCAUCACAAGUGUAUUUCACUCACAACUCGAGUCGAAGGCCAAGGCGGAGGAACUGAGCCGCUGGGUCAGACGUGACACGCAGGUCAUCAUUGCCACAGGCGCCCUCGGUUGCGGUGUCAAUGUUCCCGGUGUCACACUUGUGCUGCACCGAGGUGCAGCGUAUUCGUUGGACCAAGAGAAGCAAUUUGCCGAGUGGCUUGUCGACUUGCCGGGCGGCCGCCUGUUCAUGAAUUUCUUCGCCAUUGCCUAUGCCAUCCUCCAAGAAAUUUUUAAGGUCCGUUUUGAACCCCAUGACGCCUAG